UGGGGCGGUCGCUCGUCUUCCAUUGGUCAAAGCGUGGCUGGCCGCCCCUCCCCCCGACGCGGGGCUCUCGACCAAUGGGGAUGGGGGCAGCGCGGCGCGCAUGCGCUGUAGGCAACGUGAACGCAGCGGCGGGGCCCGCACGCCUCGGGCAGCGGUGGACCUGCGACUCGAGCGAGGGGCAGCGAAGGGGACCCUGGGGCUCAGCUUUCUCUCUAUCUCAAGGGUUCACCGAGGUCUCGGCGGAAGAAGGAAGGGCUCACGUGGUGACCCCCGCUAUCCUGCGGAGGGAGGAAGGGGAGGAGGAGAGAGGAGGGAGCAUGGAGCCCGGCUGCCAGCCCGACACCGCUAGCGUCGCCAGCGGCCGAGGACAGAAGCCGUGGGCGGAGCGUGGUGACGGCGCCACAGCCGAAGCGGCCGAGGUGCCCGCCUGCAGCGUCGACGCGGCGCCCAAGCGGCAGGGCGCGCUUGCCAACAGCCAGCACGCGGUGCCGCCUCUGCCGGCUGGAUCCGACAUGGAGGUCAGCCAGGAGGAGUCGCUCCCGUCGUCCGUAGCGCAGGCCACCGACGACGUCCGUGGCGCUGGCGAGAGCGACGCGGGCUGCGACUCGGGCUCGCUGUCCCCGUCCUCCAGCCUGCAGUUUGGCGACUCGGAGACCGGCUCUUCUUCCGAAGACAACGCCGCCGCCGCCGCCGCCGCCGCCGCGGCGACCGCCGCCGCCAACGACAACGGCGGCGAAACGGCGAGCCGCCCGUCGGCGGCGGCCGCGAGGCGAGGCAACGACGAGGACCCCACGACGCCCGGACGGGGCAGCCCCAGCGAGUCGAGCGGGGGCCACCGCAGGCCGCGACGGUCCCGCUCGGAGAGCGACCCGUCGGCCGUGGCCAGCAAGAAGAACCGCGCGUCGGGGAGCCCCGGCAAGAAGGUUUGGCUGCGGCGUGGACCCUGUCAGGCCCAGGUAAGCAACGCCGCCGGUGUCGCGGGCGCCGGCGGCGUCGGCGGAGGCGGCGGCGGCGGCGGCGGCGGCGGCGUUGGGAAACGGCGGAGCCAGCAGCAGAAGGAGCGCCUGCGGGAGCUGCGGCGCAAGCGCGAGGCGGCGGUGCAGCGCAAGCUGGCGAGCCUUCCCUACAGCAGCUCAUCCUCGUCCUCCUCCUCCUGCAGCUCCUCCUCCUCCAGCACCAGCCGUUCCAGCGGCGGCAGCGACAGCGACGCGCGAGGCCGCGUGCUCUCACCCGCGCAGCCGCCACUGGACGGACCCCCCGUGGUGGUGUACAACGACCUCUCGGACAGCGACUCGGGUGUGGGGAAGCUGGCCAAGAAGGAGGCCCGCGUCGCGUCGGCCGGCGGCGAGGCCGGCGACCAGGGCAGCCUGGCGCUGGGGAUGUCCACGCUUGGCCAGGACCUGGGGAAGUGAGGUGGAGGGCGGACGGGGUCGAGCGGUGUACAAACUGACGAGGAAGGGGGGGGGGAGGUGUAAAAUAAGUAAAUUUUUGUACUGUUCAUUUCUGAAGAUGCCUGCCGUGGUUACCAGAAGGGUGAGGCGUGUACGACAAGUGAAAACCUUGCUUCACCCGACAUGACGACAGUGUUCCUGUUUGCCUUAUUUAUUGGUACCUUUCCUUCUAGUAAAGUAAAUAUACCAGUAGAACUUUUCUGACACAUCUGUCCAAUCCGCCCCUGUGUAAUGAAGCAUCGCUCGCUCUUA